AUGGAUCCUAUCGAGUUGCACCGACCCCGAAAAAUAGUGACCCAAAGCAGCGUCAUUGUCUUCCUCUUCAACGCCACCAACACGGGUUCAUCAUCUGGGCUGUUGUUGAUCGUCGGCGGCGGCCCCAUCCCGGAGGUUGAGGUUGCUAGCCUAAUGAAGCAGCUUCUUGAAGCCAUCACGCAUUGUCACCGGCUCGGCGUCGCGCACCAUGAUGUGAAGACGGAUAAUGUUUUGUUUGGUGCCGGUGGAGAUCUGAAACUGGCGGAUUUUGGUUCGGCGAAGUGGUUUGGUGACGGGAGGAGGAUGAGUGGGGUGGUUGGGACGCCGUAUUACGUCGCACUGGAGGUUUUGAUGGGGAGGGAGUAUGGAGAGAAGGUGGAUGUGUGGAGCUGUGGAGUGAUUUUGUACAUAAUGUUGAGCGGGACGCCGCCGUCAGAGAUUUUUGAGGCGGUUAUUAGGGGGAAUCUGAGGUUUCUUAGAAUCUUCCGGAAUGUUUCUCCUGCUGCUAAGGAUCUCUUAGAACAAGCAUUGAGGCACCCUUGGUUCUUGAGUGCUGGUGAUACUGCUAGUGUGACUUUAGAAAAUGUGGAGGAGGAGAUUUUGGAAGUUGGGAAAACAGUUGGAGAUAUGGAGGGGAUAGGCUUCAGCUACAAGAGUGCAAAUAAGUCUGCUUCAUCUGAAAAGCAAACUAAGCAACCAAUGUCAGACCCAAUGUUGCAUCAUUCUUCUCAUGAUCAACCAAGGACUAAUCCACAAGUAGCUCCAACAAGGAAAGAAUGGAAACCAAGUGGGCUUAAAGAGAAGGAGAAGAAAGAGAUUGUGAAGGCUCCUAGGCAUUUUCUCAUGACCAACAAGGAUGUUGCUCUUCUUAAAUCUCAGAGUUCUGGUGUAGAUGUUAUGAAGGAAUGGAGGAAGAAAUUUGUUGCUGCAAGUUCUCUUGAAGGUUCAAAUGCACCAUCAACUGUUCAUGCAAGCAUAGGUGAAUCUGUAAGUGCAGAUCCUAAUGCUAUUGUGCCUAGUGUGAUUCAUGAGAUAUCAGUUGAAUCUGUUUCUGUUCCAAAUGUUGAACCCCAUGUUGACACAUUAGUUGAGACUACUUCAGAUGUGAGUAUGGGACCCUCUGUUGGAAAUCCAAACCCCAUUGUUGACACAUCUGAACUUGAUCUCCAAAUCCAUCAAUCUACCUUGGGUUCUGAACCAUCUACCGUUUGCAAGAAGUCAGUUGUUGAAAGUGUUCAUGAAUUGUUGUCAUUCUGGUCUUAG